AUGGCUGGCACAUUCCAGUACACGGUAGACUUCGCUGCCGAUCUUUCCAACUGGGACGUUUCCUCUGUCACGGAAAUGGGUAUUGUUGGCGGUGGCAUCUUUAGAGGGUCCAAGAACUUCCAGGCAGAUGUGUCUGGCUGGGAUAUCUCCCGAGUUUCGGAUAUUGGUGAAGCCUUUGCCAAAACUGAAAACUUCACCUCUGAUGUUUCCAGCUGGAAUAUGCCCUCUCUCCAAAACAUGAUUGGUACUUUUGAAGCUUCCAAGAACUUUGGAGCCGAUGUGUCCUCCUGGGACACUUCCCAGGUAGAUGUCAUGACAAAGACAUUCAAGAAUGCUGAAAACUUCCAGUCUGAUGUGUCAAACUGGAAGGUUUCCGCUGUCACAGAUAUGGGGGAGAUUUUCGCUAGCUCCACCAAUUUCGCCUACAGUGCUGUGUCUGCCUGGGACACAUCCAAUGUCCAAAACUUUUCGAGGGCCUUCUACAAUGCGUCCUGGUUGGACAGAUUGCUCUGUUGGGAUUUGAGUUCGGCUGAUCCCGAAACGUUGACCGAGUUUUCUUGUUUCACCGUCGGUGGCUUGGAUUGCAAUUGCACCUCUCUACCAACUGCAGAUCUUUGCGAGAUCCUUGAUUCCGAUUGCCCACCUCCCGGCCAAGAUGGAGAUGGAUCUGGCUCUUCGAGCGAUGGAGGCAACAACGGCCAAGACAGCACUGGCGGUGACACAGCCUCGGUUUCAGCGCCAAGAAAGCUUUCCUGGCUGGGUGUUACAUUCUUUAGUCUGCUCAUACAAGUGGGUGCAGCAUGA